AUGUUAUUUUAUCUAAUUUAAAUUAUUAUACAAAUAAAUAAAGCCUAGUAGGAUUUGCCAUCCUGUAUCCAAUAAGAUAGUGUUAAUUAUUGCAUCAACCAUUAAUAAUUGAGCCAAUAAGUAUACUCCUGUUUCACUUAAAUCUAUCGAUUCUAAGAUGACCCAUAAGAAUAAUGGAUAACUUAUACCUAAUUUUAUCUGAUGGUUAACAUAUUCUGUGCUCAAAAAGUAAUAGAGAAUAAACACAUCAUAUAGUUAUCUUUAUUGGAAGAUUUAAAUAAUCUUUAUGAAGUGAUGAUUUUAUAAAUGUAAUACAAAUUUUAUAAAUAGAAACUAAAACUAAGAAAACUUAUAAAAUUUGAAAUUGGAAAUAAGAAACAUAUUAAAUCAAGUUAACUUAAGUUAUCAAGAGUUGAAGAAAAAUAAAACUAUUGUAGACAACUUAAUUGUUGAAUAGCAAGAAUUAAAUCUCUAAAUCUAAAUUCAAUUUUAAUAAUUCUAGCAAUAGUUUAAAUAAUUGAAUAAAGAAAACAUAUCCCUCAUAAAACAAAACACGAUCAUAAUGACAAGUUUAAAGGAAUUCUUAUAAGAUAUUCUAUUAUAAAGGGCAAAUUAUAAAAUACUUCUUCAUUGUAUCAUUUUCAUCAUCCAUAAUUCCUUGACGAAUAAACUAAAUAACUAUAUAAUAAUUUUAUACAUGCUUUCUCUUAAUUUCAGCAUAAUUUUGAAUAACUGUAUUGAAUUAGUGUUUUUCCUUAUGAUAUUACUUUAUUAACUAAUUUUGUAGAUUAGACAUAGAAAUAAAUAUUAAGAGGCUUAUUAUUCUUUGUAAUAACUUGAUUUUUUGAAAACUCCAAAUUUUAAAAAAAUGAUUAAAUAAUUAUAAAUAAUUACAUGA